AUGCUAUUUUUUAUGCUGGCUCAAGCGAAUUUGGAUAGAAGUGGGGAAAGAAAGGGGACAAAUAAGUAUUAUCCUCCAGACUUUGACCCUAAGAUCCAUAAAACUCUCAGUCGUUAUCAUGGCAUUCAUCCACUACGAGACCGCGGCCAAAAGGCAUCUGAAGGCAUCAUAAAAAUAAGAUUUGAAAUGCCCUAUAACUGCUGGUGUUUGACUUGUAAAAACCCUAUUGGGAUGGGUGUCAGAUAUAAUGCCGAGAAAAUCCAAGUCGGGAUGUAUCAUUCCACUCCAAUCUUCAAAUUCAAGAUGCCGUGCCAUCUUUGCGCUGGGACUAUAGAAAUACAGACAGAUCCCCAGAAUUUUGAUUACGUGCUUAUUUCAGGCGCACGAAGGAAAGAUCAAAUAUGGGAAGCAGAAGAUAAUGAACAAAUUGUCAUGUCUGAUUUUCACGAGAAAAAAAAACUUGCAAUGGAUGCUAUGUACCAAGUUGAACAUUCUGUCAAGGAUAAAUCACAGGGGGACUUAGCUAAACCUGCUCUUGAACAGUUGGAGCUUGACAAAAAUGUUUUUAAAGAUGACUUUGCAGCAAAUCAGUUACUUCGUAAAAAAUUUCGAGAAGUAAAGAGGCUUGCCAAGGAAGAAUUAGCCAAAGACAAUGUUCUUCUGAACAAGCUUUCUCUCGUGGGCUCGCAUGUUAAGCUAUUGCCAGAGCAGGAAUCGGAUGAAGUUGGUGCCAAGCUAAUACGAUUAACACAUACCAAAUCAAGUAGACUCCAAUGA